UCCUCGCGUACGCCGGGCUGUCAAAACGAGAAAUCAAAACAUUGCGCUGUUUCAUAACAUUUUCCAUGUGAAUUUCCAGCAAUUUCAAUAUUUUGUACUAAUUUUUGCAAAUAUUUCUGUUCGUUGGAGGAAAAACUUCUAAAAUGCGAAUCACAGGGGUUCUGCAGAAAAUCGGUGAUGUGUCGAAAAAGUUUUCCAAUCUCCCGGAUGCGUAUAUUAAGCGUAGCAUGGAGCAGGUUUAUUGGAAAACACCCCGCGGGAAACCACAAUACCUGCCGCGCACCGUUGAGCGUAAGCGGUAUCGUUUCACCACAAACCGGCCUUGGACGGGUCAAUUCAAGCAACAGAAUAUGCCGGGUACAAUUCGGAAAAAGGUAUUCGUCGAACCGGUCGCAAAUUGGUCGUACUUCAAGGGCGAUCGAGUUGAAGUGCUUGUAGGGAAGGAUAAGGGCAAGCAAGGCAUCGUUAGUCAGGUGUUCCAGGAGCGAAACUGGGUCAUCGUCAGCGGAUUGAACUGCCACUUGCGGAAAGUGGCGGAUGAAAAAGAUUAUCCGGGAAUAACGAUCAAAUCCGAAGCACCGCUACUUGUAACCGACCAGGUAAGGUUGGUGGACCCUUCGGAUCUGCAGGGAACGAGCAUCGAAUGGCGUUUUACUGAGGACGGCGAAAAAGUUCGAGUUUCGACACGCACCGGACGAAUUAUUCCCAUUCCAAAGGGUAACGAGGAAACGCACGACUAUAAGGCCAAGAGUUUGUACAUCGAGCGGCCAAAGGAUACGGUGGGGGAUGUGGUGAAGGAGAUUACCUUCAAGCCAUCGCUGCAGACGUUCGAGAUGGAGAUCAUGAAGGAAAUGGGCAUCGAAGAAGACAGGAUACCGACCAAGACGUACUGGUAUUAGAGAAGGUAGGCAUUAGAGAUGGUUGAAUGGAAUAGAUUGCGUUACUGAAACA